CCCAAAAUAAAUUGGACUGGGCUAGCCCAUGGUCAGCCCGCCCAGUUGACACUUCUAAGUGAAUGCAGUCGUUGUGAAGCGCCGGAGGAGAAGAUGAAGCUUAAGCAAUUAGAAGGCUUGUUGGGUGAUCUUCAACAGUUCUCUAAUCCCAAAGUGGAGUUGGAGCAGUACCCAACUGGUCCUCACAUUGCUUCCCGCAUGCUCUUCACUGCAGAGAACUCAUAUGGGGACAUAACUGACAAAGUAGUUGCGGACUUUGGUUGUGGCUGUGGUACUCUAAGUGCUGCUGCUGCUCUUCUAGAUGCAGCUUGUGUGAUUGGAUUCGAUAUCGACCCACAAUCUCUUGAAACAGCAACGCUUAAUGCAGAGGAGCUUGAGGUGGAGAUUGAUUUUGUUCAGUGUGACGUUACAAAGUUAGAGUUAAAAGGUCAGGUUGUGGGUACUGUUGUGAUGAAUCCUCCUUUUGGUACACGGAAGAAAGGAGCUGAUAUGGAGUUUCUCUCUGCGGCUAUGAAGGUUGCCUCUCAAGCUGUUUACUCCUUGCAUAAGACGUCAACUAGAGAACACAUUAAAAGGGCUGCCUUGCGUGAUUUUAAUGCGAAAAGUGCUGAAGUUAUAUGUGAGCUACGUUAUGACUUGCCGAAACUCUACAAGUUCCACAAGCGAAAAGAAGUUGAUAUUGCGGUUGAUCUCUGGCGUUUUGAGCCUAGACAGAACUAGACCGCGGGCGCCAUGAUUAUGUAAUGUUUAGCUUUUGAGUUAAAACUGAUUAUAUGUGGAAGGAUUUUAUGAUAUGAACUCACAAAACAAAGAGAACUUCUUAAAGCUAUUGUAGCAGCUCAGCUUGUUAUAAUCCUAAGCAGUUAAGUUUAGUGA